CAAGAAACAAUGUCCAAUCACUGUUGUUCUUGCAUCGUUGUAGUAUCGCCCAUCAAUACGUCACCGCUGGUAUUAAGAACGAGGAACUGAGCAAAAUGACUUCUACCGGGAGUGACAGUGUUGCCCGCCUUAAUCAGUUUAAAAAUAAAGGAAAAGAUGCUAAUGAAUUAAGACGAAGGAGAAUUGAAGUCAAUGUGGAGCUCCGAAAGGCAAAGAAAGAUGAUCAGAUGCUGAAAAGGAGAAAUGUCAACUGUGUUUCAGAUGAUGCUGUUUCUUCAACAAAAGAACAGACCCAGAAUGCACAGUCAUCACAGCACUGGAGCGUCGAGGAGAUUUUCUGGGGCAUAAACAGCCAAGCCCUCGAUCAUCAGUUACAAGCCACACAAGCGGCAAGGAAACUACUCUCAAGAGAAAAGAAUCCCCCAAUCGACCAGAUUGUGGAUGCUGGCCUCGUUGCUAAAUUUGUGAGUUUUCUGGAAUUGGUUGAGUGUCCUCCAAUCCAAUUUGAGGCAGCCUGGGCCCUUACCAAUAUUGCCUCUGGGACCUCUGAGCAGACCAAGGCUGUGGUGGAGGGGGGUGCAAUCCCUGCCUUCAUCACUCUGAUUUCCUCUCCUCAUCCUCACAUCAGUGAGCAAGUCGUCUGGGCGCUGGGUAACAUUGCAGGUGAUGGAGCAGCAUACAGAGACAAAGUGAUCAUGCAUGGGGCCGUUGAUCAACUGGUAUCUCUUCUUGGCAUCUCUGACCUGUCUAACUACACACCCAGCUACCUAAGGAAUGUCACCUGGACUCUCUCAAACCUGUGUAGAAAUAAAGACCCAGCUCCACCUAUGGCUGCAGUUGAGAAGUUGCUGCCUGCACUGCUCCGUCUUCUUCAGCAUGAUGACAGAGAGGUUCUGGCUGACACUUGCUGGGCUGUUUCUUACCUAACUGAUGGGCCCAAUGAGCGCAUUGAGCUGGUGGUACAAGCUGGUCUUGUGACUCGUUUGGCGCAGCUCCUUGGAUGUGGGGAUAUCGCUAUUGUGACCCCAUCCUUGAGAGCAGUGGGUAAUAUAGUGACGGGUACAGAUGAGCAGACCCAGAGUGUACUAAACGCAGGGGCUUUAGCUGCUUUCCCUGUGUUACUUCGUCAUCAAAAGAACAAUAUUCAGAAAGAGGCUGUGUGGACACUGUCUAACAUCUCAGCAGGGAAGGACUCGCAGAUUCAGGAGGUCAUCAACGCUGGCCUGGUGCCUCUGCUGGUGGAAGUUCUCAAGCUGGGAGACUUUAAGACACAGAAGGAGGCAGUAUGGGCCAUCACAAACUACACCAGUGGUGGGACAGUGGAACAGAUUGUGUAUCUCAUUCAGUGCAAUGUCCUUGUGCCUUUACUCAACUUACUGUCAGUCAAAGACAGCAAGAUGAUCUUGGUUGUCCUGGAUGGUAUUUCCAAUAUUUUCAUGGCUGCAGAUAAGAUGGGAGAGACAGAGACAUUGUGUGUAAAGAUAGAGGAGUCUGGUGGACUGGACAAGAUUGAAGCUCUGCAGACACAUGAGAAUGAGAUGGUGUACAAAGCUGCUCUCAACCUGAUUGAAAAAUACUUUGGGGGAGAGGAGGAAGAUGAAUCAGUUGCUCCAGGAACCACUUCAGAGGGUUACUCCUUUAAGUUAGCUAAUAACAGAAGCACUUUCAACUUUUAAAACACUUCUGUUCAUUUACUCCUUUUGAGUUUUUUUUUUUUUUUUUUUUGUCUUUAUUUGUAUGCAUUUUUUUAAAGCCGAUCUGUACAUGAGGACAUAUGUCUUAAGUUUACUGUAAAUAAAUAUUUUAAUAGCAUGUCCCUUGAUGUCUUGUUGUGCAUCAUUUGGGAACUGUUGUUUGGGAUGGAAUUGUCUGCAUAGAUUGUAUCAAAUAGUCUUCAAUGAAAUAUGUUUAUGUGCCAAUGACAAAAAUGUGACCAUUCAAAAUGUGAAAUUAAUUGGUUUGUGACCGAAGCUAAAUAUAAUGCUUGG